CACAAAUACAAAAACAAAUCAGAUUCCAACCCUACAUCCUUCUCUUCUAUAGUCUUUCCCAUCCUCACAAAAAGCGGCUUCGGGAGCAGGUUUCAAUCACCGUCACUUUCGCUGGUACCAUUGCUUCACAUUAAUUUGUUCCGACUGUUCUGCUCGACUAAGUCUCUGUUUUUAGUGCUUUUUUUUCAAAAAAAAAAAAAAUGAUUUGUAAAGUUCAUUACUUUAACGAUAUCCUCUAUAAUUUCUUUAAAUUAAUCAAACAUACAAAAUUAUUUACAUUACGUCUUGGAAGAACUUGGAAAGAUUCGGCAACAUAUAUGAAGCGGAGUAGAAGGAAGAAGGUUGGUGGUGCGGAUUGGAUCUCUGAGGUUGCCUGAAUCCAUCAUUCAUCACAUUAUGUCUCUCCUUCCUUCAAAAGAGGUUGCUCGAACCAGUGUUCUGUCGAAAAAAAUGGUCCUAUAAUUUUGAACAAAGAUGACUGCCCUUUCCUCGAGCAUUUAGUUCUCAAAGUCUGUUUGCAUUCAAAAUCUGCCCAUAUUUCUAGUCUUCGUCGUCUUCACGCUGCCAAUGUCAUUGAGAGAUGGUGCUUGCGUCUCAUGGUAUCCAAAGUUUAUACCUUUAUGCCUUGGACUUUCCUUGGUCGACCAUAUAGCUGGUAAUGUGAAGGCAUCCGGUGGUUUGAGGUUUGAGCCUGAACUUAGCAAACAUUGGUAUUACAGAUUGGAGUGCUGACCUCUCUCCUUCCUGUUCAACCCUAGAAAAACAGUGUCAUUCAAUCUGCGCCCAGCAUCAGCAAUACCCAUGUCUUGGUCCUGCAAGAAAUGCACUUUCCUCAACUCUCCAUCUCAGAAUUCCGCUUGCGAAAUCUGCCUCUCUCCUCCUUCUCCACCUUCUUCACCUCUUAAAUGGUCGUGCAAAGCCUGCACCUUUUUGAACCCUUUCAAGAACUCGAACUGUGAAGUCUGUUCCACGAAGGCUCCGGCGUCCUUGCUUUCGAGUCCCGAGGAUUUGAAGGGUACGAGUCCUGAUGGUGAAUUGGAUUCUUCAGUUGGGUCCGUUCUCUUGACGUUGCAGCCUUGCAGCAAGAGGAAGAUGAUGGACCCAGUUGUGGGUAGCGAGGAUUGUGUUGAAUCGGGCAGGUUUCAACGCCUCAAGGGAUCCGAUAAGGCUGUGGUUGCGAAGGAGGGAACUAGUUCAGGGUCGGUUACAAGUAAUACUUUGAAGAUUUUGAGUUACAAUGUUUGGUUUCGAGAAGACCUAGAGGUGCAUGGAAGAAUGAAAGCUAUUGGUGAUCUUAUUCAACUGCAUUCUCCUGAUCUCAUCUGUUUUCAGGAGGUCACCCCAGAUAUAUACAACAUAUUUUGUCAAUCUAGCUGGUGGAAGGUGUAUCGUUGCUCUGUCUCAAAUGACAUGUUGGAUUCAAGACCAUACUUCUGUAUGCAGUUGAGCAAACUGCCAGUGAAAUCUUUCAGUAGUAAGCCAUUUAGAAAUUCCAUCAUGGGGAGAGAGCUUUGCAUUACUGAGGUUGAAGUUUUUGGUGGAAAACCUCUGGUUAUUGCAACUAGCCAUCUUGAGAGUCCUUGCCCAGCUCCUCCUACAUGGGAUCAGAUGUUCAGCAAGGAACGUGUAGAACAGGCAAAAGAGGCCAUUAACAUUCUAAAGAGCAACCCUAAUGUGGUUUUUGGGGGUGACAUGAACUGGGAUGAUAAGCUAGAUGGUCAGUUUCCUUUACCUGAUGGAUGGACUGAUGCCUGGGCAGAGUUAAGGCCAGAGGAGAUUGGAUGGACAUAUGAUACCAAGUCCAACCAGAUGCUGUCUGGCAAUCGCUCUUUACAAAAGCGGCUAGAUAGAUUCGUGUGCAAUCUACAUGAUUUUAAGGUGACUGGAAUUGACAUGAUUGGAAAGGAGGCAAUACCUGGUCUAUCAUACAUCAAGGAGAAGAAAAUGAGAAAGGAAGUGAAGAAGUUGGAGCUUCCUGUUUUGCCAAGUGAUCAUUAUGGCGUGCUUUUAACAAUCUCUACUCAGUAAUGCCUUAAGUCAAUUGCUUUCCAUCUCCACGUUGAUGCAUCCUUGUAUGCAAUUUUGUCUAGAUAUCAAAUGAAAAUGAUGUAAACGGUUUUCAGUGUUUUGUGAGUGUUUUGCCACACGUUUUGUAUGGAGCUUUAUUGAUGGAAAUGAUAUGAUUCCAGACGUU